AGCUUUAACCCAAAGUCAGACCUAUGGAUUUAGUGAAAUGUGCAUUAUUUCAUUAACAAGACAUUUUUGGUUGGAAAUAAGUAAUUCAAACGAACUCCGUAGAAACAACGUAGAUGUUUCCGAAGGUGUUUCUAUGGCUUUGCAAUGUUAUAGUUAGACUAAUACAUUAGCAGAGCCCAAUCCUAUUGCUACCACUUUCACAUGACCACUUUAACAACCACCACUCUCUCAAAUGCCUCUUUCUCACAAACCGUUUUCUCCUUCACCGUCGAUUGGAACCAACCCAAACGACGGAGAUGCCAAAGACGGAAAUUGUGAUCCGGCGCGGCGGCUCACCAGAUUGAGGAAACUCCGGCACCUCAGCGACCAAGACAUUGGGUCCUUGUAUUCCCCUGAGCUUUUUUCGUUGCCGGGUUCACCUGAGUUAUGCCUCAAAUCUCGUUGCCGCCGCGGUUUCGACCACCGGUCCUACUCCGCCCCGCCGCAACCGCUGCCACUUCCCGAGUCUCCGUUGACCCGCGGGGCCGAGUCAACUAGCCCCAAUUCCGUACAUCGCCACCAUCCGUGUUCUUCGUUGGAACAUCAUGGCUUUUCUGUUUGGAGAAAGACAGUGAACCAUGAUGCAAUGACAAAUACAAAACCUUCACGCAAUUUGGAUAAAUCUUCCUUAGAUUCUGCUCUUGCAAAUGCAAAACACAAUCUUAGAGGCCAUAUUCCUGCCUCAAAUUUCUUAACAGGCAACAAUAGUUCAUGGAAAACCCCCAGAACAGUCUCUUAUAAUGAUGAUUCUGAAAGUAAUUGGGACUUGAACUUGAGUGCUUCUACAAAACCCAAAAGUGCCCCAACAAGUGCUGUCUCCAGUCCUAUUACUAGUCCAUGUAGAUCAAGCAAACUAGAUAAUUUUUUUUAUUCUACCACGAAUUUGAAAACGUUAUCAGAGGAGGGACCUCAGCAUCAUAAAUUUUUGCACCAUGUUGAUGCACAUCCAUUACCUCUUCCUCCUAGAGCCUCAUCAUCAUCAUCACAAUUACCCAUGCUGUAUCAAUCAAGUGCCAUGCAUCAUGAACAUUGGCCUUCGGUGAAGGGUCAAUGGCAGAAAGGAAAACUUAUUGGACGUGGUACCUUUGGAAGUGUUUUUCAUGCAACCAACCUAGAGACUGGAGCCUCAUGUGCCAUGAAGGAGGUCGAUAUAAUUCCUGAUGAUCUUACAUCUGCUGAGUGCAUCAAACAACUGGAGCAGGAAAUCAAAAUUCUCCGUCAACUACGCCACCCCAACAUUGUGCAGUAUUAUGGAAGUGAAAUAGUUGGCAAUCAUUUGUACAUAAAUACGGAGUAUGUUCACCCUGGAUCAAUCAAUAAAUUUAUUCGUGAUCAUUGUGGAGCUAUUACAGAAUCUGUGGUUCGCAAUUUUACAAGACAUAUUCUCUCUGGAUUAGCCUACUUACACAGUAACAAAACCAUCCACAGAGAUAUCAAAGGUGCAAACUUGCUGGUAAAUGAAUCAGGCAUUGUCAAGCUUGCAGAUUUCGGGUUGUCGAAAAUUUUGAUGGGUAAUGCAUUUGAACUUUCUCUAAAGGGUACUCCUAAUUGGAUGGCUCCAGAGGUUGUGAAAGGUUCCAUAAAGAAUGAAUCCAAUCCAGACCUUGUCAUGGGCAUUGAUAUAUGGAGCUUAGGGUGCACCAUCAUUGAAAUGUUUACGGGCAAACCUCCUUGGAGUGAAUCUACAGGGCCUUCAGCUAUGUUCAAGGUACUGCAACAGUCCCCACCUAUACCUGAAUCUUUAUCUUCAGUGGGAAAGGAUUUCCUCCAACAAUGUUUCCAAAGGGACCCUGCAGAUCGACCAUCUGCAGCAACGCUUCUUAAGCAUGCAUUUGUACAAACUUUGCAUGAUCAAGAUGUGUUAGUUCAACCACAACCGUUUUCUAUAGGAGGUCCAGGGCAAAGAGAUAUUUCACCUUAUCCUAGAGAAACUUCCAAAAUUAGUGGUGGCAUAAUGCAACCCUCCAUGAGUGCACGAAUUAUUAAAAAAAGUCAGAAACUAAUCGGUGAUACUUCCAAACAAAAUAAUGCUGAUGAGUCUAAUCAUAAACCUUGUAAACAUUCUCAUGUUUCUCAAGUCAACAACAUUAUUCAAUCUUCCUUGAAACCUGGUACCCUCAAUUACAUGUCUGUUACAAAAUCCAGAAGCAUAUCCACCGUCAUUGGAAUGAUCACGCACCUUUGAAGCGUGUCAUCAGCUAAGGUUACAGUUGUUGGGUGGAUGCAGCUGGAAACAGACUGGCGAAAGAAUUUUGCAAAACUUAACAUUGCAGGGAAUUAGUGUCUUGAAAUGUGCUUUAUUAGAAGAUUUAGAGGUAUAGGAUAUCAUAAAUAUCAUGUUCAUUUGCAGUGUCUAUUUUUUUAUUUUUUUAUUUUUUUUUUUUUUUGUGCAUGAUGUUAAUAAGGUUCUGUUUAACUUUUUUCCUCAGCCGAGAAAUUCACGUGUAAAAUAUAAGUAUAUAUAAAUUUUUCAUUUUUUUUACUAUCUUUCCUGAUUAUAUAUUCGCC